AGUUAAUGGGCAGCGUCUGGCAGGAGAGCCAAUCAGCUGGCUCUUGGCUCCACGCAGGUAGGGGGUGGGGCAGGUCAGCUGUUCCUCCUCAGCCUCUCCGCGAUACCACGCCUGCGCAGAUAUUACCCCCUGUUGCUAUCUGCGCCUGCGCGUCCCGGCACUCCCGUGAGGCACUGCGACGCGCGCGGUUGGAGGUCCCUGACAGCGCCCGCGGGAGCUGCGGGAGGUGAGGGGUUCCGUUUCGGUGUUGGCGGGGCCGCCGCUACCCUCCUGCAGCCAGUUUGAGGCGCGGAUAGCCGAUAGAGGUGCGCGGGAGGCUGAGGCUUCGUGCCGGAACUGAGGCUGCGUGGCCAGUCAUCCGGCUGGGGAAAGCACAUUAUAGAUUGUAUUUUCCCCCUUCUUCCAUGGACAUAGUGUAAACAUGUUUUUUUCUGUUUGAACUUAGUUCUUAAAGACAAUUACCAUAGAUUCAUAUCAAAUAUAAGAAACGGGUAGGGUAGUAAACCAUGAGUUGUGGAAAGGAGUUUGUGGAAACAUUGAAAAAAAUUGGUUAUCCUAAAGCUGAUACUCUUAAUGGAGAAGAUUUUGACUGGCUGUUUGAGGCUGGUGAAGAUCAGUCAUUUUUGAAAUGGUUUUGUGGGAAUGUUAAUGAACAGAAUGUAUUGUCUGAAAAAGAAUUGGAAGCUUUCAGCAUUCUUCAAAGAUCAGGCAAGCCCAUCCUAGAAGGAACGGCAUUGGAUGAAGUUCUUAGAACCUGUAAAACUUUUGAUUUGAAGACACCUACACUGGAUGACAAAGAGAUACAGAAAUUAGAAGAUGACGUUCAAAUUCUGCAGAAAUUAUAUAACUUAAAAAUUCAGCGACGGAAUAAAUAUCAGUUAAUGGCUUCUGAAACUAGUUACAAAUCUCUGGCAUUAAAUGCUAAACAAGAGGAAGCUACUAAGAAGCUAAAACAAAGUCAAGGAUUCCUAGAUGCUGUGAACACUAAACUCAGUAAUGAACUUCAGGUUCUUACUGAUGAAGUUAAUAAUUUGAUGAUAUUCUUCAGAAAUUCUAAUUUAGGUCAAGGGACAAAUCCAAUGGUAUUUUUAUCUCAAUUUUCCUUGGAAAAAUAUAUAAGCCAAGAAGAGCAAAGCACAGCAGCCUUAACCUUAUAUACCAAAAAACAAUUCUUUCAGGGUAUACAUGAAGUAGUUGAAACUUCAAAUGAAGAAAAUUUUCAACUCUUAGAUAUACAAACACCAUCUGUUUGUGAUAAUGAAGAAAUCCUUGGGGAGAGACAACUGGAGAUGGCUAGGCUGCAGGUAGCAUACAUCUGUGCCCAACAACAGAUCUUAUACCUCAAAGCAAGUAAUUUGAGCAUGACGUCAAGUAUAAAAUGGGCAGAAGAGAAUCUUCAUAGCCUAACCAGUGAGGCUGUUGGUAAAGAAAAUUUGGAUGCUAAAAUUUCUAGCUUGAACCGUGAGAUUCUAAAACUUGAAGAACAAAUCACUCACAUGAAAGACAAAAUUUUGCCUGCUGUAGUAAAAGAGAACGCCCAGUUAUUGAACAUGCCGGUUGUAAAGGGAGAUUUUGAUCUGCAGAUUGCUAAACAAGAUUGUUAUACAGCAAGACAAGAGUUAGUUUUAAAUCAGUUGAUAAAGCAGAAGGCAUCAUUUGAGCUUGUACAGUUAUCAUAUGAAAUUGAAUUGAGAAGACAUUGGGAUACAUAUCGGCAACUUGAAAAUUUGGUUCAACAACUUAGUCAAAGAAACGUGGUGCUCUGUCAGCAAUUAGCAACAUUAACAGAUCCGUCAGCAUCUGAGCAGUUAAACUCCAGGACUCCCAUCAACACUAAAGAUUAUUCUACUCAUAGGCUUUAUCAACUUUUAGAAGGAGACAAUAAGACAAAAGAAUUGUUUAUGACCCAUGAACACUUGGAGGAAGUGGCUGAGAAAUUGAAACAAGAUCUUUCUCAAAUACAAGAUCAAUUGGCAGUGUCUACUCAAGAACAGUUUUUCUUUCUGUCCAAACUGAAUAAUGAUGUGGACAUGCUUUGUGAUGCUUUGUAUCACGGAGGGAACCAGCUAUUGCUCUGUGAUCAGGAGUUAAUGGAGCAUGUUCAUCGAGUUGAAUCUAAGUUGAAUAAACUAAAUCAUCUCCUUACGGAUAUAUUUGCUGAUGUGAAGACAAAAAGAAAAAUUUUGGCAACUAAUAAAUUGCAUCAAAUGGAAAGAGAAUUAUAUGUAUAUUUUUUUAAAGAUGCAGACUAUCUAAAAGAUGUUGUGGAAAAUUUAGAAAACCAGUCAAAGAUUAAGACCUCUGAUCUUAAAGACUGAAGAUUUCUAAAAACUGAAUCUUUACUAUGCCUGCUGUGUUUUAAUUUUUAACUAUUAGGAUGCUAUUUCUAAUAAACACUACUAAUUUUUCUUUUGACAUUUACGUAGUAUGUGGGGAGGGAUGGGUAUAUGUGCAGUCGUGUACAGUAAUUAGUGUGUACCAUGUCGCAUGUGUGGAGGUGAGAGCAUCUUGCAGGAGUUGUGUUACUCUUCUACCACAAGAGCUCUGGGAAUGGAAAUCAGGUCGUCAGUCUGGUGGCAGAGAUUAACCCACGUCAUCAGCCUCAGUGCUACUAAGGUUAUAAAUUUAAGAUCAACAGAACAUUUUAUUUGAAUAGAUUCAAUGUCAAGUUGAACUUCCCUAAUAUGAAAUUUUUAAAUACUUCAAAAUUUGAACCUGUAUUUAUAAGCAACUGGAAUGUUUCUCAAAUGAAAAAUUCUACAUCUGAUCUUACAUGGCUUGUCAGUCAUAAAAUACAUACACUAAGUUAUAAAGCUACCUUCAGUCUUAUUUGUAUAAAAUUUUGUCUGAAAUAUGAAUGAAUUUCACAUUUUGGCUUCAUUUCUAUCUCUAAAAUGUAUAAUUGUAUGUAUACAAAAAUUAAAAUAUCUGAAGCACUUUAGUUCCACUCAUUUAAGUUAAGGGAUAUUCAGUUUGUGACAUUGGUUUUGAGGUUAUAUAAACAUUGACUGGCUGACCAGACUGGACUUGAACUCACAUCAGGCAUACUACCAAGUGCUUCUCAUCACCUGUUUGCUUGGUGCCACUUUAUCUUGUCAAAUUUUUACUUGCAGGAAAAAUAUGCUAUACAAAUGUUUUAAAUAUAACUAAAUUUCCUUAAAUUGGCAUUUUCUGCUGUUGGGUAUUUCAAAAUUUGUAGAAUUUGGGGUUUUGUUUUUUAAGGUUUCUGUUAUCUGAGGUCAACUAUGAUCUGAAAAUACUGAAUUAAAAAAAAUGACAGGAGUAAAGUUUUUUUUCAGAAGUAAAGUUUUAAGUUGUAUGUCAUGGACUCUGAAACCUCCCACCUAGGAUGUGUUAUACCUUUGUUUAGUGUAUGUAUGCUACAUACUUGACCUUUUUUACUAGUCACUCAAUACCUGAUAGUUACAGGUACAUAGAUUUCCAUACUAUGUGCAGUUUCAUUGGGGUUUGGAAUUUUAUUCUCUGUCGGUAAAGUAAUACUAUUGUAUAUUCAAUAGCCAAGUCUUGUGUUUGACUAAAGUAAAAUUCUGCUGAAGUAUUUCCCCCUAAUUUUCUAUUGUAAUCUUUGGAUGUUUAAAUGUGUCUGCUUGUACCACAAAUUUUGAGCAUUUCUGUUUUAGGGACUGGGUUCUGGUGACCGUACUAGAGCUUUAACCGCUGUGAUUAUAGCAUAAAUAAUGAAAUUUGAAAUAUAAGUUUCAAAAUUAUGUACAAAUGGUUGCUUAAAGGAUUUAUGAUAUAUAUUUAAAUCACUUUCUUAGGAAAGAAAAUGUUGGACAAUUACUUAAGAUUUGAAGUGGCUUUUUAGUUUGUUUUUUUUUCUUUUUUUAGAUUCGUUUUGUUUUUAAGGUAAGGCCUUAAAUCAUUUCGCCUAUAUUGGUCUUCUGUUCAUGAUCCUGACUUGACCAUGCUGGGAUUAUGAGUGUAUAUCACCACAUGAAAUUUCCUAUUGGUUAUUUUUAUCAAAUGCUCCCAAAGAGUUCAUUUUAUGAUAUGUCUGUGUCAAAUACUAAAUAUUUUAAGUUCAGCUAUAGGAAAUACCUCUAAGAAUAUUCUUUACCUUUGUUUUAUGGUUCACAUAGUUUUAUGGAUAUUUUCAGGGUAUAACUAUAGAUAGAAAGUGGCCGUGCGCUGUAUUUUUAUAAUCCAUCAAGCAAAUGCAUUUCUGUCAGUUAUUGUAUCAUGUUACAUAAAUUUAUUUUUGUUAGGUGAACCUAAUAUAGUUAAAAAAAAAACAUUAAAUUUUAUCAUAAGAUUUAACUGUAAGGCCAGUCUGACUCAUGCCUUUAAUCCCAGCACUUGGGAGGCAGAGGCAGGUGGAUCUCUGUGAGUUCAAGGCCAGCCUGGUCUACAAAUAAAAUUCUAGGACAUCCAGAGCUGUUAAACAGAAACCCUGUCUCAAAAACAAAACAACCCCCCCAAAAAACAAUUUAACUGUCAGCUGUUCAUUUUAAUGUCCAGAGAUAAGGCAUUUAAAUUCUUCUUUUCUCAAAUAAUGUGGGAGACGGUUAACUGCUUUCCCGGUGGGUGCCAGAUAAUUUAGCUAUGAAGCAAAUAAUUAAUCUGUACCACCCACUAAACCUUCACCUACUUAGCCAGGGGACCAAUAGAGACUGUCAGUCCCAAAGUGGCAGGUUAUUUGUCUACCUUGAUGACCGAGGUCAGGUUUAAUUACCGUAUUGCAGAGUUGUAUGCUUGAAAAUAGCAGCCAGCUUUCAGAACUGAGGAGGAGUUAAACUGCUUACCUCAUAGUUGGUUAAUUAGAAAUUAUUUUUAUAUGUUUAUUUCUCAAAGGAGCCUCUGGUUGGUUUUGAUUUGAUUUGUAGUGCUGGGAAUCAAGUCUAGGGUUUAUACAUUCCAAGCAAGAGGGAACUGAGAUUGGUAUGUAAAAUGAAAAAAGAUAGUUUGUUUUCUUUUUAAAAAAUAAAAGUAGAACAGCUUUAAAAAUAUUUGAGACUGGGUCUUACUAAUCUGCCCAGCUGUCCUCGAACUUGCUCUGUAGCCUAGGCAGGCUUGAACUAUGUCUUCCUGCCUCAGCUUCCUAAUUCAGUUUCUACCAACAGGCCUCACUUCUUUCUCCAUCCUAUUUGUGUUAGAUAACCGAAACCUGUUUCCUGUAGUUAUUA